UUUGGAACAUGCGACCGUCAAUUAUCGACAUUGUCGUCUUAUGUGAGAGCUGCAUGUUCCUUGAACAACACAGCCGGUAACAUCGGAAAUUUGUUCACACGCAAAAUGGCGGCCAGUGCAAAUACAUCAUGUCCGUGGCCCAAUAGUCAAGAGGACUAUGAAUUAAGAGAUGUUAUAGGUGUUGGUGCAACCGCUGUCGUGUAUUCAGCAUUUUGUAAGCCAAGAAAUGAAAAAUGUGCUAUAAAAAGGAUUAACUUAGAAAAAUGGAACACAUCCAUGGACGAGCUCCUCAAGGAGAUUCAAGCAAUGUCAAGCUGCAACCACCUUAAUGUAGUGACAUAUUAUACCAGUUUUGUCGUUAAUGAUGAACUUUGGCUUGUACUAAAACUCUUAGAAGGUGGGAGUCUCCUUGAUGUCAUAAAGCAUAAGAUGCGAGUAUCAAAUUGCAAGCAUGGUGUUUUUGAUGAAGCAACCAUAGCCACUGUCUUGAAAGAAGUUUUGAAAGGGUUGGAGUAUUUUCAUAGUAAUGGACAAAUUCACAGGGAUAUCAAAGCUGGAAAUAUAUUGUUAGGUGAAGAUGGAACAGUUCAAAUUGCUGAUUUUGGUGUCUCCGCUUGGUUGGCAACUGGAAGAGAUUUAUCAAGACAAAAAGUCAGACACACCUUUGUAGGCACACCAUGUUGGAUGGCGCCUGAAGUAAUGGAACAGGACCAUGGCUAUGAUUUUAAGGCAGAUAUAUGGUCUUUUGGUAUAACAGCAAUAGAGAUGGCCACGGGCACUGCACCAUACCACAAAUACCCACCAAUGAAAGUUUUAAUGCUUACUCUACAAAACGACCCACCGAAUUUAGACACAGGUGCAGAUGAAAAAGAACAAUACAAAGUGUAUGGCAAGACAUUUAGGAAGAUGAUCGUAGAUUGUCUACAAAAGGAUCCGUCAAAGAGACCAACUGCUACUGAAUUAUUAAAACAUCCAUUCUUUAAGAAGGCCAAAGAUAAAAAAUAUCUCACUCAGACUCUAGUUGCUAUCGGACCCAGCAUGGAAACCCGUGUCCAUAAGGCAAGUAAACGCCAACCUGGGGCGUCCGGGCGGCUUCACCGCACCGUGACAGGUGAAUGGGUUUGGAGCGAAGAAGAGGACGAGGGUGAAGCCCCGGGCUCUGACGAAGAGGCCCCAGACAGGCGACCCAUGAAUGAACUACAGCGAGCUGAUUCUAGCAGUGAUAAUGAUGAGGAAGCUCCUGUUCCAAAAGAAUCAAGGACAAAGCCAACAGUUCCCGUAAUACCUUCUGAGCCUCCUGUUGUCAAUCUAGUAUUGAGAUUAAGGAACGCAAGAAAGGAAUUAAACGACAUCCGAUUCGAAUUCAUAACGGGCAAGGAUACAGCUGAAGGUAUUGCCGCUGAGUUAGUGGGGGCAGGUCUAGUGGACCCGCUCGACUCGGUGCCCAUCUCUUCUAAUUUGUCGAAACUACUUCUGAUGCAGAGGACACCAAAUCCAGUCAAAACUGUGACAUUCCACUUGAACUCGACUGGACCGAACGAAGAAUUCGAUGACAAGACUCUUAUAGGUUUCGCGCAGAUUUCUCUCGUCGAUUUAGGUUAAAAUGUGUAAUCUCAUUCUAGUUGCUAUGUACUUGUAUUUUUUUUUUUCGAAGAAUCGAACCACACUACAGUGCUGAUUACGCUCUGUUCAUUCCGGUUUUCGUCUUACAAAAUAUUGUUAGAGAAGAAAAAAAUUAUAUAUAUAUAAAAUUCAAACAUGUUUAAAAAGCAUUUGAAAAUUAUCUUUACAAGAAUAUAGUGGAUGACGAGAAUUAACGCCAGUUAAGGAAAAUAAAAAAAGAAACGUAUUAGUGACCUAAAUAAAUAGUACAGAGUACCUGUAAGCCUGAAACCAAUUAAGUUACAGUAACGAUUUUUACAGACAAUAAACUUUUUAUUAUAAUUGUAUUUGACUUGGAUUGAAAAAUGAAUCGUAAUCGACGUUAUGUUGUGUAUCGACCCUAAAUGGUGCUAGCGAGUUUAGAUACCUAAAGUUCAUUGUAUUAUUAUUAUUAUUGUUUAUUUGCAUUCGACGCUCUGGCUGUUACGCGUCGAACCAAAGAUUUUUAGUUUUAAAUUUUUUAUUAUUAUCGAGUAGUUGAUGGCGAAGUGAUCCAAAUGAAAAAGUCGUAAUACUUGAAAUGUUUAAAAUCGCGUAAUUUCCUUUACAUUGAACAUUCGAAACUCUAUCUUACUUUGGAAAAAAAAACAUGUAAUUAAUAUUGUUUUUGAAGUAAGAUGGAUUUUGGGUUUAAAAAAUAUUGUUAUAACGUUUAAUGCAGUUUUAAAGAUACUCUUCAAUCGAACGCCUUAAUUUUUAAUGAUACACAUUUCCUCUCUAUUUUAUUUUUGAGAAUAAGCAAAUGGACAGAACAUUUGAAUUUUAAGACUUAUGUUUUAAAGUCCGGCCGUUCAAAGAAUGCGUUUCUGACACCAGUCAAUUCGUUAUGACUAGUGAUAUACAAUAAAUAACAUUAAUAAUA